AUCUAGUUUAUUAUACAUAUCUGUGACCCCGCACUACUAUUACGAUUCAUUGCCCAUAACUGGUUAACAUUUUCUUUAUAGAUCUUGUAUCAGACUAACCAGUAACCAAUACAUUUGAUGUUGAUAAUGGUUUAAAAAUCUUGUAUUUUAAAAAACAAAUCUGCUAUAUAACAUUAACAAUAUAAUACUUCUGAUUCUAUCUUCAUAGACGUCUUUAAAAUGAACUGUAGUGAUAUUUUUCACUUCUUUUUCACAAUAGAAAAUUUUCAAGUUGUUGAUCAAUUAUGAAUGAGCACUCUAUGUAUAUUCAACAUGAUUGGGAAGAAUGCAUCAGAUCUGCCGAAAAUCGUGUUUGGAUAUCUGUUAAGCCGAGAAAUGGUCCCAGUGUACAUGGUUAUUUGCAAUGCAAAUCAUACAAGCUCAAUGGAAUACCUAUUAUACAAGGAACAAAUGGGUUUGAAAUCGAAUCAGUAUCAUCACAUGCUAUUCAAGUAAAGCAAUCUUCCUGUCCGUCAGUCACGUUAUUAUCACCAUACAGGAUUUUCAAAGAUGUCCAUAAUGGUAGUGUGACAUCAUUGGAUGUUGUCAGUGGCCAGUGUGUGUCUGCAUCAGAUAGUGUUUUAAAAUCUUGGAGUAGUUUAGAUCACGAAAAAGAAAAAGAAGUAACAAUGACUGGACAUUAUGGUGACAUUUAUUGUUGUCGUUGGUUUCCUAGUGUUAAGGUUGUAUUAAGCUGUGGAGCAGAUUUACGGAUCAAAAUUUGGAGUGCUGAUACUGGGGAAUGUGCUGGGACGUUAGUUGGGCAUACAAAAGCUGUUACUGAUUUAGCCAUAAUAGACAGAGGACGAAAUAUUAUAUCUGUUUCAAAAGAUGGAACAUCAAAGUUAUGGCAUGUUGGAAGUGGAAAAGUAAUAGAUGAUCUCAUUAAAGUAAAUCACACAACAUACAUAAAUUGUUGUUCAAUAAUUUCACCAAAAUCUUUAAAUUUAGGAGAACGUAAUAUACCUACUUCUGACACAGAAAUCGGCACAGAUGAUAAAUGCCUAUUAAUUGGUUGUGAAAAUGGAAUGCUUUCAUUGAUUGGUGUGUAUGCACGUAAGAUUCUUGCCACAAAUAACUUAGACUGCCCAGUGAAUGCAUGUCAUUUGAAUGAAGAAGCACAAGUUUAUGUUGGUUGCAAUGACGGGCGUGUUGUUUGGCUAGACGAACAACUAGUAAUUAAACAUUGCAUAUUUGACACAAAUUCACCAGCCCGUUGUCUGUGUUUGUUUAAAGAAUUUGUGGUUUGUGGACAUAGCGAUGGUUCGUGUGUAUUACGGUCGGUCAAUGGCAAAAAGGCAUAUCUGACAGGUACCAAUGCUGAGCCAAUCUAUGAUGUUCGUACAGAUUCAAGGUUUUUGUACACUGCAUGCAGAGAUGGCAUCAUCAGAAAAUAUUUGCCUGAACUGUUGUAAAACUGAGAAAUAAACAUUUUUAUCAACAUGCAACA